GUAAGACACGGAGACGUGGACAGUCAAGUGAUCGUCAUAUCCACCCACAGGCAACAACAUGAAGCUUUGCGGCUGGCUCUGUCUGCUUUUUACCGUUACCGGCUGCUCCCUGGUUAACUGCCUUGAGAGAGAAGAGCGCCAGUUUGGAGAGAUUGCCGUGCCGGUGGUAACGGCGUUAAUCGAGGACGUUGCCAAGGCUCUUUUGCACAAGAUCUUGGAAAACUGGCUGGAUCCAGAUAAUGUAGAUGUUGUAUUCAUCGGCAGAGCCUUUCGAAUCCACAAAGAUGCCGCCAAUCAGUGUCACCGUCACCGACCGUGCCAGCGGUAACCACGUCACAAUGACAGGGAGAACUCUACAGGAUGCCACAAACACAGCUUGUGAGAACUUACUCAAGAUUCUGCUCGUGAAGGGCGUCAUGAGUGUGGACGACCUCCAUCUUCCUCCAACACUACCUCCUAGCACGCUACCCCCAUGUGUUGACAACAACGGCGCGGCCUAUUGCAAACCGAUGGUCCACAAGGGCUAUUGUGCCAAGUCCAACGUCUUCGGCACGUUCAUGACGGACAACUGUCGUAAAUCGUGCAGGCUCUGUUAACACAACGAAUGCUUUAUCAGGCCGAUAUCAAUCAUCAUGUGUCUGAUGAAUAAACAACUGAUUAAUA